AUGGAGUCAAAUCAGGACGACUUCCUCUCAGCUCUCCAGAAAAGAAAAAGAAAUCUCAUCAAAAAACUUGAAAGAAUUCAAAAAAAAGAAGGAGAACUCAAAGUUUCUGGCAAGGAGAUGAACGAGGAAGAGCGUAAAAUGAUUGAAUCCAAGGCUCAAACUGAGGACUUUUUAGCAGAAAUUGAGCGAUCAAUUGAGUUUUACCAAACCACAAACCAAACCCCUAAAAAAGAUAUAAAGCCUCCUACACAGAAAGUUGAAGAAGACAGGUCUGAUGAAAUCAUUAGGCUUUGGAUUUUGGGAGAAUUCUUAAGAUCACCGAAAGUCAAGGAAAAGCAUUAUUAAAGUCAGACACAAGCCAUAUUGGUGGCGCAGUCACUAAAGACCUCCCGUACAGGAGGUUCUACAGCUUUUCGAAUCUAGCCCAGAGAGUCUAUCCCUCUUGCGAGUGCCCUUCUGGCACCUUCUGUCUCCUCCUUGCCUUGAGGCUUCAGUCUUGGGUGGGCGGCUUAUGGAUUUCUGCGGCCCUGCUACGGCGAUUGGAGUAGCUUGAUUCCAUAGAUCCUUGGAGUCUAUUGGGUGUCAAAGUGCCUUCCUUCGACAGCUACAAAAAAAAGACUGUUCCUCUGUGACCUGGGCCGAGAGCCCAGUUUCCCAGUAGAGGAAUGUCCAUGGGUCCUCGGAUCCAAAGUGCAUUGUUGAGCACCUCCAUUUCCAACCACAGGAAAGCAGCCAAAAACCUACCUGAUACACACCUCUUGAGCCUGUACUUGAUUUCGGCUCGGAGUCCACCCCAGUUCGCAGUAGCCAUAAGGUCUGGACUGCUGCGCUAAGAGGUCAGGCUGACACGUGUCUCCAUUUUAAUGUAUACCAAAAGUCAAGGAAAUGUUCAAAAAAUCUAACCAUGGAGAGUGUGAUUUGGAACCAUUUUUAAGCUUCCAUUCACUCAGUCAAGGCGAAACUGGUGAAAAAUUCAUAGAUAUCUAUGGAAAUUUCAAGCGCUCUUUAGACCUUUUUGCAAAAAGAAGCGAAAAAGUCGCCCCGGGGACACUGAGAACUUAUAGAAGUUUGUCUGAUUUUGCAAAUAAUGCAUUUCAAUGGUCCUCCGCACAAAGCAAGCCAGCAGAUAUAGUUGAAGCCCCAGCAGAAAAAAUUAUUCCUAAUGAAGUAGCAAGCAAAGAAACAAUUCCAAGUGCUCCUUCUGCAGCCAAAGAAGAAGCUAAGGUGCAGACCGUGAAAGUUGUAGAGUCAACUUGGAGCAAAUUAGAUGAAGAAACCAAAGAUGAGCCUGCCGAUGAAAAUGAUGGAUUCGUAGAAGUCACAAAGAAAAAACCAAGACCUCACAAGAGCAACGAGAAAGAAGCCAAAAAGGAAAAAGUCGGAAGAGGAAAUAGAGGAGGAAAGCGAGGAGGAGAUAGAGGAGAAUACAGAAAAGAAAAAUCAUAA